AUGGUUGACAAUGGAGGUUGAGGUGAAAUGACCAGCAUGACCUCCACGAUGGCUUCCACGACGGUCACACUGACCACCACAACGGUGGUCAGGACCGUGGAGCAGGAGCUCAGUAAGGAAGACCGGAUCGUCAUCACGUUUACAGCCCUGGGAACCCUCCUGGUGUGCAUCAUCUGUGGCUGCUGCAUCGAUCGAAUACGGAUCCUGCUGCGUCGGACGCGCCAAGCCUUGCCCGAACUCCCCGAAACGCAAGAUAUCGCCAAAGUCAUGCGACGUUUCAGUAUGUUGGGUGCAGAGGACUUCCCGACUCAGCUGCAAGACACAGCCGAGUCGCCCCCUGACGUGGAUUCUGCGUCUAUCCGAUCACGGGAGAGUCACAAGUCUGAUAGACCACCGGAAGCAGAGGAGCAGCGACAAGCGAUGCCCCAUGAGAUUCGAGAAGCUGCAUCGGCCAUAGAGGAGCGGGCCGCGCCGAUUGUGCAGCCUCCUAAGCAAGAGGCCGCCGCCGCCCCAGAUGUGGCCGCUCCAGCACUAGCAUCACCAGCGGCGCAGGAAGAUACCGGCGGGGACGCUAGGCUGUCAUAUCCUCGUUUCGGUGGCUUCGAAUCACAUCUGCUGCAGAUGGCUAGAUGAUCCCUUUUGCAAUUGAGAAGAGUCAACACAAGACACACCGUUCGAUGAACGUCAAGUUGCAAAGUCAUCCUAUCAGAACGGGGUGUUGUCAAAGACACACACCACACCCACGGUUGCUGUCACCAACCAGAGGUCCAACUAAAAGUCUCAGGGAUUGUGUCAAGCCGUGCAU